AGUAAGGUUGGUGGGGGACGAGAGGCAGAUGUGAGAUAGCUCCUGUGAACGUUGAACCCCCAUGAGUGUAUAUACUAGUUCAUGAAAACAAAAUCAUACAUGGGGGAUUUUAAAUACAACAACGCUUCGUCCGUAAGUUCCAUAAGUACGGAAACUUACGUAAUUAACACGUCGACUCCGAGCGUGUUUUACUCCAGUGCAACAGACGGGGGCAGCAACUCCACAAGCAAAAUGCAAGAUGACUGCCUCGUUGAGCAGGGUGGAGGCGUCAAGCCGCAGGGGAUGGCUACUGCCGGGGUCGACGGUACUGAUGACCAGCAACAACAACAGCAACACAUAAAUAACGACGAUGAUACCAAAACAGGUGUAAAGGGGGAGUCUUCAGGGCCUCCGGUGGGGAGCAACGCGCCCGGCACCGUCCCUGGCCCUUUAGGGUCAGGUAGUACCCCUGGACCUUCUGUACUAGGUCCUCCAGGUUCAGGAGGAGUACCUACGGCAGCUGCGGCUGCCGCAGCCGCCGCUGCAGCGGCAGCAGCAGCUGCUGCAGCUGGUGGAGGUGGGCCGGGCUCAGGAGUGGUGGGUGGACCAGGGGGUGGAGGAGGCCUGGUGGAGCCUACAGCCCUACCAGCCUCCUUGGCCUCCUCUGUAGCUUCCCUGUGGUCACCUCCGUCCGUCGAUGACACACUUUUACAUUCUGGUAUGCCAACAAUCAACGGCUCAUUGGCAUUUCAUGGCCUAGGACCGAGCAACCCGGGAGGGCCAGGCUCUGGUGGUCCAUCGCACCUGUUCAGUGCCAAUCUGGGGCCACAGUUGGGACUAGGACCGACAGGGCCCCAAAACCCUCAGCAGCGUAGGAACAUGCAGCAGGCAGCACCCAACUUUCCAGGGCAGGCAAGACCCCCAUCCUUAGGGCCUGCCCCAGGUCCCCAGGCCCCUUUUCUGGCCAAUAAGUACUCUUCAUCGUGGUCGUCAGGACUUGGUUCACAGGGUAAUGCAUGGUCUCCAGGACCAUCGCCCCAGGGUAAUUCUGCUGGGGGUCCAGGAAGUGGGCCAGGUAAUGCCCCUGGGGCACCAUCACUACCUGGAAUCAGCUCGUGGUCUGCACGAGGCAGGGGUGGCAUGGGAGGCAUGAAUCCUCUUAGCCACAACCUGGGUGGUAUGUCCUCUGUCCCACGAAAAAGCUCUAACCUCCCCAACGCUUCCUCCAUGGUGAUGAACAAGUUUCGACGUUCUACAAGCUACCCCGGGAAAGGACCAUUCCCACACCCUCCUUCCUUCGAGAUUACUGGUGUUGAUGAUGGCGCCUUCCCCCGCGACCUGCUACAGUUCCCGGUGAGUCUGGGGACCAGUUAUGUGCAGUAGUGGUGAGUGUAAUUUUCAUAUUUGUCUUUUUGCUUGUUUUGUGGUGUUUAUAUUUGUGUUUUUAAUAGCCUGGGAAACCACAGGCUAAGGUCUGUUGUUUUCCCUCAGCUCAUUUUUACCUAAGGUAUACUGCCACCUCCCUAGUAUGUCAUCCACAACUAUUGGCUAAUUCCCAGGUCCCUGUUUAUAGCCAGGUGAAUAGGGGCAGCAGGUGUAAGGUGUGUUGCCCAAUGUUUCCUCCCCCCAUCCUGUAUCAACUCCCUAUCCCCCCUUUCCCCAACACUGAACGCUGGGGUUAGUUGUGCCUAGGGACGGGGGGCCUUUUCUCUUGGAGGGGUGUCACUCUCCCCACAGGGUGCUUACCUUAUUAAGAAACCACCAUCCCUUUUGGCAUAAAUGGUGGGGAUAUUUCCCGUUUUGUUUAAAUUUGUUGCUACUGCCACUGUAUCCAACGUACUAUGCAAAUGGUGACUGUGUCUUGACAUACUGGUAUGCACAUUUUUGUUCUUAGCCUCAAAUUUGCAAUGCGCUUCCGUUUUAGGUCUCAACUGUGAAUCGCUAGCUACCACGUGCCCCCUAGGAAAAAAUCCAGGCCACAUGGGUAUGUGGAGGGCAUUGCGAGUAAUCAGCUAUUAAAAAUAGGCUCACUAUGGCUGGCCGACACGCCAACCUUUUUUUUUUCCCCUUUUUCUUUAAAGGGAAAUCCAGGAACUACUGUUUUAUCCUGGCACCAGUGAUAUUAAGGAAGGUGACAGUGAAUCGUUAUUUUCUGUUUUGAAGGGGACAUCAAUGAUAAUACGACCAGGAAUAAGAGAAGUGCCAGUUCAACCCAAGAUAUAGCAGAUCUUCCACCUCUGUUCUUGCCACACGAAGUAGACGCUGACGGCUCUUUACCCUGAAUUGGAUAGUGAUUGGAAUGAUUUGGGCGAUGACAUUAGAGAGGAAUAUAAGUACAGGAGGGAGAGUAGUGAAUCAAGUGAUGCAAAGUAUUCUCCCUUGUAACAAACACUGGUACGGCGUCGCACUUGGUCUGGCUCUCACUCCUCUGCUGUUUCACUGUUCUGUGGUGAGACAUCUAGGCUGCAGGAGAUAGUGAUAGUGGCUACGUUAUUGACUGUUUUUCAUUGAUAUCAGAAAACGACAUGCAGCGCCAACACCGGCUGUGACAGCAGUCCUGACAACACCAACACCAGCUGUGACAAUAAUCCUGACAGUACCAACACCAGCUGUGACAAUCUUGAGAGCACCAUCACCAACUGUGACAGCAGUCCUGACGGCACCAACUGUGACAACAGUCCUGACAGCACAAUCACCAGCUGUGACAACAGUCCUGA